UUGUAUUUGUUCUAAUCUUGCGUAUUCAGCUGUUUACCACCAGCUGUUUAUGAUGUCAUCCAUGUGAUGACACCAUAAUAUCACACUGGUCUUUGUACGUCGCCUCCUCUUUUACUCCUUCGCAUGAACAGAACAGUGUGUUUGGACCUUCCGAGCUUCUGGUCGAUAGGAGCUCUGUUUGAUGGUCAAGAUCAGCCUCCGAGUGACGUUCACCAGACACCAGCUUCAUCUGUUUCACCUUGGUCAGUGUCUCGUUAGAGACCACAGACGUGAUUCACACUGAGCCACAUGCACCAACAGCUCAUCCCGUCUGCUUCACCACGUGGUGGGUGUUCACCGGCGCGUGUCCUCAUGUGGAGACAAAGGUUAACGAUGGGGCGAAGGCCGAGCCGGCGCCUCUGUGUGCGGUUUGUAGCCAUUACAGCUACAGAUGAAGACAGCAAAAACACCACCAUUCAUUCCUGAACAGCUGGGUGGAUCAGCUGAGCUCUUCUUUUUCUGGUAAACCUAAUUAUUCUUCCACAGAAAGCAGCAGAACUUCCCACUGUUCGUGCCCUAAAGUGAGGCUGCCUCUAAAGUGGUUCUGAAAAGGUUCCCAGCGUCCGUCGGCAGCUAGAAGGCAGCACUAACGGCCAGGCUGUUCUCAGACACGGGUUCCACGUGGUAACAGCACAGAUGAUGAGCCAACUGGCAUCAACUGAAGGUUUACAUUCACAUUUAAAUAUGAGGCAAGGCUACAAAAACUUUAAAUUACUUCAUUUGCUGUAUCUAAUAAACGAUGAAUUACAGUUGAGUGUCAAUCAAAUCCAUAAUAUCUGGAUCGUUACAGAUCGUCCACGUUUUGUCACAGUGAACGUAUGACGAGUUUCAGAGGAUGAAUUGACUUAAUGUGUUUCUAGCAAAGAGGAAGAACCACCCAACAUGUCUCUGCUCCGCGUUGAGGCGUUAAAGUCACCUUCUUCCUCCAUAACUGCAACUCGCUCCCCGAAGACAAACGUCAGUUUUCUCUGCUGAAGUUUGGCUUUGGCUCAAGGCUUCGUGCAGUUCAACCGUGAAGAGCAUAAAUUAGCCUGAAUAAGCCUUUAACAGCUGGUCCCUAAAACGCUGGGCUUCGCUCAAAUGAUUCGUUCACAGUUUCUUCCGUGUCCUGUUUGCGCAGCCUCACUUCCGUUCAUUUGCCAGUUAGCGGCUGCUGCGACUGCGCUGGGGUGGAAUUACUGCAACCUUUUAAUGACGCUGACUGGUUUCCUCCUCUCACGUAAUCAGUUGUUGGUCAUUUCUCAGCACAAGUCUGAAGGUUUUCACUGAUGUUUCAAGGCUCUGACUUGUUCCAAAAGCUUCUAUUUUACGAUGCUACGUACCAUGUUUUUUCUACUUGUGGUCUGAUGCUUUCUGCAAAACGAGGUUGGUCAUUUGAAUUUAAAAUAAAUUACUCAGUGAAGUCAACGUGUAUUAGACCUUUUGUCAUUUGUGUGUUCAGCAUUUGUGCUUUGUGCUCUGAAAUGUGGGGGGAAGCUGCAUGUGCAGGGGAAAGCUUUGUUAUGUUUCUCAGUAAGGACUUCUGUGAGGUUUGUGUGGGUGAUGUGAGAACGUGAGGCUGAUGCUGGAAGCUUCAGUCUGUAGCCUUGGGCCCUAAACAAUACUUGACUGUACAGCUCCUCUGUGAGUUACAUUGGUCCUAUUACCAUAACACCCUGUUAUGAGACUUCGAGUGCUGAGGACGCACCUGACCUGCCUCAGAGGAGCUGAAGAAAGCUAGUGUUUUAGGAAGAUGAUGAGGGAACCACUCAGAGGAGCAGGGACUCCAGACCUCCAGACCUGUAGGUGGCGCUCAUAAAUGGUGCCUAAUGGGCUCCGCUGAGUCUGUGAAGGCUGGAGAAAAGACAAAACAAAACAUAGACAAAAACAGCCUGAACGACCGGGAUCAAAGGAGAGGAGGAGGCGUCGGGUCAGACGGGUGAGAAGGAUCAUGACCUGGUGAAAACAGACCUCCACCCACCGACAGCACUCGAAGCUCCCAGAGCUUUGGCUGCUUUGGUACAGAACACGCAGUAAUCAGUGCUGCUCGUUUCAUCCUCAGGUUAAAAAUCCGCCGUUCACACGUACUCAGGAAAUCAGAGCUAUAAUGUUGCUGCAUUUGCCAAAAAAAUAAAUACAACAGAAACCAACCAAUAAUAACCAGAAAAGUAUGGUUUGAGCCAGGAAACAUGAACUGAACAUUAGAUCCCUAAAAAUAAAAGGAAAACUUUUCAAUGGGGGGUUGAGCAAAACGACCUUGGGUAAUAAUUAAGAAUGAAGGGACACUCAGAUUGCUCCAUAAUUUCUAUGCAGAGAAGUUAUCAUUUAUUCCCUCGUAAGACGCCUCAACAGACAGAGUUUGCCCCUCUCAGCCUGACCCCGCCCCCUCGCAGCCUGGCUCCGCCCCCUCUCAGUCUGACCGUUGAUGGGGCAGGAUGCACUAGUUGUAGUCUGUGAGCCCAUGGAAAAAAAAAGUCCUCUUUUUGCAGCGCAAUACAUGAUAAUUUCUCUGCAUAGAAAAUAUGGAGGAAUCUGAGGUUCCCUGUGUUCAUUCUUACACACUACCCAAGGUCGUUUUGAUCAUCCCCCAUUGAAAAUCAAGUUUACCUUUACCUUUAAACUUUGAUGUCUACUAUGACCCAAUACUCAUAAGGACACAAACUGAUUUGUGCACAUUUGUUCUGAAACACAUCAGGUUUUGUUCCUUCUGUCUCUAUUGUAGGUAUUUUUAUUAAUAUUCAGAGUACAGAUUAGUAUGAGUCCAGGUCUUAAACAGUCAUUUAUUCUUUAAUCAUGAAAAGAAACAAAAUGGAAUAAGUACGGAGAAAACAAGGAUCCGAUGUCAGAAACGCUGGCGGUUCCACUGUGAGGUUAUCAGGUGUGUUAUUGUUCAGCGUCACCUGCUGCGACUCACAAGGACCCAGGAAUAACCAAGGGGCCACAUACUGUAAUUCAUCUGUCCUGACCUCCAGAUACGUUUGGACUUUGUCCUCACAAAGACAGAAAGACAAAUGUGUGUUUGGUGAUGGACCCUAAAUGAAUCAUUGUCUACGUGUUGACAGACUGUUGUGCAGAGAGAAAUGACCAAUCAGUGCAUCCUCCUCUUGCUCCUCACAUGCAGCGGUGACCUUUGACCUUCUGGGACUCUUCAUCAUGACCAAGUCUCAGGAAACAUCGCACUGACUUUGAUUUUUCUCUUUAAAACAUUUGGAAGAGCAGAGUAUUAACUAAAAAAAACAUCAUUAACCAAUUUUUACUUGACCAUCUCUUCCUUUUAAGUCUGAACAAGGAAGAUUUAAACACCUGUUCCUUUUAAUUUCUUUUUCAAGGUCGAUUCCAACUCGUUUUUUAUCCAGUUUUUGUUUGGACGUCAGAGGACGAAUGGAUUUGUCCAUUUAUCACUGCAGAAUGAUGAGAAGGACAAAGUCAACUAUAAACUCAGUGAAGUUGUUUCUGUCACAUCUUCAAAGUCAAUAAGAUUCAAAUUCAGCUAUUUACAGUGUAAGUGGCUCCAAAACAAAGUGCUCAGUGGUGCAUUCAUGUUUAACCAAUAAACUACUGUGUCUGAGGUGUAAACAGAAACUUUUACCAGCUAAUGCAGUCUAAUGCAUUUUUCUCAGCUACAGUAAUAAACUGGUCGUGUUGUCACAAUGUGAAACAGGAAUGCAGCCCAGGCUAUUUCCCUUCUUACUUUUACCAAAGAGAACAACUUGUUUUAUAUUAACCAUAAGUCAGAAAACCUCUUAAUAGUUAAGUUUAGGGGUUUAACCUUUUAUUGUAUUGACUACUUUUCUUUUCUGACGUGUCCAUAAAAAAUGUUCUAAGGUUUGUGAAUGACAGAGUAUGAAGAUGCUUGAGGAGGUUUACAAAGCUAAUAAAUAGAAGACUAGGCAUUGAAUAGGAUGCUUUCACUCUGAGGAUGUUGUCUCUCACAUUGAAGAAUAUGAGCUUUGAAAAAUGUGAAAAGGCUGAAGAGCCAGCCCUGAGCGCCGGUGCCCGACCGCCUCCAGCCCAGAGAUAAGCAAUAGGACCGCUCAGCAGAGGCCACAUCUCUACAGACUUCACUCUGUAUUUUAAUUAUAUUAUUAUCAAUGUGUUAUUAUGCAUAUACAGUCUUGUGUUUGUGUAUGAACCCACUCAUUGUCUGUGUCUGGUGUAGCCUUUUAGCAGAAAUAUUAGAGUUAAGCACAUUUUACUGCACAUCUGGUGACGUACAACCUACGUGUGGAGACUUGGCCCAGGUUUGAUUUGCAGUAGACGCAAAUGUACUAUUAAUAAAGCUUUAAUGUGGUUUUGUCUCCAUCUAAUGGACAUUUAAAUGAAGCCAACAUGUCUGCAUCUGAGUUUCACCCCUUGGUCUCGUCUUUGUAGUCGACUGUUUGGUGAUUAUCGCUGAGGUGCAGGUGUGUGUUCGGCCUUUUAGACUUAACUUUUAUAGCUUUUUAUAGUCUGUGGAACUGUUUGAAUGUGUUCUAGUUCCAUCAGACCAUCACCGUGUGCAGAGUCUAACAUGUCGUUAUCACAAAGCUCCAGAUUUGUCGUGUGGAGGCUGAAACCACUGAGCCGUCGGUGACUGUAGGACUCUACAGUAGCUGGGCAGCUUCCGAAAGCAUGUGGUGAAGCACUGAGCAGUUACAAUAUGCUGUACAUGUAAAUAGAAGGUGUAAUAGUUUACAGAACAUUACAUUUCAAAUACAGACACCAAAAACCGCUUCCAGCAGGUGUAGAUGAAAGACAAACUGUUGUGUGUUAAUCUGCUUUAUGCUUUAAUGGAAUGUUACAUUUACUCUAAGAAACAGAAAAAGCUUCAUGACUCAUCGUCUUCUAUUUGAUUUGUUAGGAUUAGGCCUUUGAUGCUGCGGUCUAUUAACUAAUAGGAAUAAUUGAUGUCAUCCAAAUUCAUCAAUACAUUAUCACAGUAUCUUCUGUCACCGUCAAGUCAUUUUCAAAUCAUCAUUAAAUGCAGACGGUGCCUGGACAUGAUAUUUUACAUAUUAGUGUACUGUAGAGCAGUUUUUACGCAUUAUAACUUGAUCAGAGUUGAUAUGAGAGCAGCAGAGCAGCCCAACGUCAGCUCCCUUUGAGGAAAAUCUCAUUACCUGAGAGUUUAAUCUUGUUAAACUGUUGGGUUAAACAUAAUUAAAGCAGAAUGCCAACAAAUGAUGUAAGAAACUCAACCAAAGGCGGCCACAGGUGUCUUUGUGUAGUAGAACCUAAAAAUGCAGUAUUUAUUUUAUGAAACAUUAACUUUAUCUUUGCAUCACAUGAAGCUCAUUUUAAUGACACUGGUCUGAAGGAGCCGCUUCGGACGUUAUCUGAAGCCUUGAAAAGCAGCUUUGUUUAACAUUCACUUAUGAGUAACGUUAAAAGUUCAGAAACGUAAAAUAUGAAGUAAACGUAAAUGUAGUAAAGACUCGUUAGAUCCUGUACAUAUCACAGUUAACCUUCAUCCACGGGCUGGUGUGGAACUACAGCAUCACAACGAACCCGCAGACUCGUCUGUUUCAUCUAGUUUCCCUUUUUCCUCCUGACAACAUCAGGCAGAGAAGAGAGAAACGCACACUGCCCUCAGUAAAUCCGCUUAGAGACCGACCUAAAGCUUCUGCACAUCAGGUGCUAAUUUUAACUCCAUCGGCCUUGACUCUGUUUAGGACCACGGGCGGUUUGUCCUGCUUUUGAACAUGUUUCUGCAGAGACGUGCACAAAUGAAAACAGAUCUGCCUCACUUCACCACAGACAGAACAGGCAUCAACCUUCAUCAAUAAAACCUUUGUGUCUCAUUGUAAAAUCCAAUGUCACGUGCAGAGUUUGAUUAGGAUCUUAGUUGAGCUCUGAGCUGCAGCUCCGCUGACUGGAGCCCAGUUUGUCCUGUCGCAACCAGUGGCAGCAUGAGGUUCGGCAGCGAAGACUCGCGUGGACUGACCUGUUUCCACUGAGUCAACGCAGUGCAUGCAUCAGAGCCUGAGGACCAGUCACUGGGUCCAUGCAGCUUCACAUUAACACCAGCUUUAUGUCAUGAGCUGCAAAGGCUCAGCAUCUCAGCAACACGUCAGUGAGUUGUCAUGAUCUGUGUUUUUGUUCUUGUCAUGAUCUGUGUUUUUGUUCUAGUUGAUUCCUUGUCUUAUUUUGGUUCCAGGUUCCGUUUCCUGUUUUAUUUUGGUAGUCUCCCGGUCUCGGUUUUGUGUUCUAGCUUCACUUCCGGGUUAUGUCACGUCACAGCUGUUCUUGUUUCACCCGGUCGUUAUCCUCACCUGCACUGCAUCAGUAAUCACUCACCCGUGUAUUUAGUCACCCCCUGUUCCCGUAGUCACUUGCCAGAUUGUCGUUUCGAGUCCCAUGAGUGUAUGCGUGUUUCUUGUGAAUCCCUGAGCUGAGCGUCCCUAGUUUCCUGAGUCCCCUGAAUGUUCGUGUUCCUCGUGUUUUGUUCCUGUCUGCAUCGUGUAUCCUGCCCGACCCUGGAUUGUCUACUUACCAUGUGACUUCAGCUCCUUUAAGGUGCAUGUUGGUCUGCUGCUCUCAGGUUUUGGCCUAGAACCACAUUUAGCUGAGAACCUAAUUAGGUGAGUGAGAGAAAACCCCACCAACGUAAUCCUGAGGCCGCACCAAUGGCCUGUCUCAUCCCCAACCUGCAGCUUUAGGAUUCCACUAGCUUAUAAAAAACACCUGCGCGGCGCCAUCACGGGACAGAGAGCCGUCCGGAGGAGGAUGGACAGUUAGACGACAGGCAGCCAUGGGUCAGGCCCAGCAGACGGAGAACAGCGAGGAGAUCGACGUCAAGGCGCUUCAGGACAUGUACAAGAAGUUUGUGAUGGAGUGUCCCAGCGGGCUGCUCUUCCUGCACGAGUUCAAGCGCUUCUUCGGCGUGGACCCCACGGGAGAGGCCUCCGACUACGCCGAGAACAUGUUCAGAGCCUUCGACAAGAACGGGGACAAUACCAUCGAUUUCCUGGAGUUCGUGGCGGCGCUGAAUCUCGUUUUCCGCGGAGACUUGGAGCAUAAACUGCGCUGGUCCUUCAAGGUGUACGACAAGGACGGCAACGGGUACGUGGAGAAGGAGGAGCUGCGCGCAAUAGUCGACAGCAUCUAUCGGGUGAAGAAGAGCUCAAAGAAAGACAUGGCUGACUCCAAGUUCACAUUAGACGAGGUUGUGGAUCGAAUAAUGAAAGCUGUUGAUAGUGAUGGUGACGGUAAAAUUAACAUGGAGGAGUUCAUCAGAGGAGCCCAGCAGGACCCCUGGCUGCUCAGCAUGUUCAAGCUGGACAUGAACCCUGCGGCGUGGGUGCUGGACCACAGGAGGAAGAGCGCCCACUUCUAACCGACACGUCUGUCAAACAGCCACCACUGAACCAGGUGCCAAAGUUAAAACUGCUGGGACAGAUGUGGAGGAACAUCUGCAACACUGGUCAAGGCCCGCGACUGAGCCCACGUAGUGUUUGCUGUCGAUCACAGCUUCGUCAUUAACAGCUGUGUGAAAGGACUGACUCAUUAUCAUGAUCUUUGCCUUCUUAUUGUUUUAUAAUCAAGUUUGUUUUUUGGUUUAAGCUUUAAAUAUCAUUAACUUGUAUACUCGAGAAUAUAAAUAUCAUUUUACUUAAAUAAUUUAUUGCUGUCCAGAGGAAAUAAUAACCUGUGUAUUCAGAUUAACAAAUAAAGUAUCCUCCUUUUUCUGCCUGUU